AUGGCGAGGUGGAUUUGUAGCGCGCCGCUGCUUUUGUGGAAGGCGUCGGAUAUUCUACUCAUAGCCCAGCAAAUUGACGUGCGGUCUGAGCAAGCGCAGUUCUUCGUUAGAGAGGCUGGAUCGCUGGCGGGUGAGGGCGGCGUAGCGGUGCCGGUGUUAGCUGGGCGAUAUACGAACUUCUUCAACAUUGUCUGGCUCAUCGUGAACGACAUUACGAUCGGCAUUGCUGUCGGUUCUUUUCUGUGCGAAAACCAUGUAGUUCUAGCGAGAAUGCAUGACCGUGUCGUCCAGGACCUCUUUGUUACUCGUUUGGUUCGGGUCUUACACUGGCUCGACUCGUGGCCAGCAGGGCUCAAGCUCAAUACUGAACUCAGUCGCUUUUACGCUCAUUCGUUUAGUGAGAUUAUCUCAGCUUGGGGUGGGCUCUUAAGCCGCGCCUCGGCGUUCCUCCCAGGAAUCAUAUACGCGACUGGCGUUGCGAGCUUUCUCGGCGUGUCUUUCUCCAUCAGCAUCGUCUCCGACCUCCUUGCUUUGGCGACUGCGCAUACCUAUGUAUGCUAUACAGUGUCGAACGCCAUUUACUCGCGCAUGCUCAAGACCGCCGGAUCGCUGUGGAAUUUAUUCCGAGGAAAGCGCUUCAACGUCCUGCGUAACCGCACUGACUCCUGGGAGUACGAUAUCGACCAGCUGCUUUUUGGGACCGUGCUGUUCACGCUGCUAGCCUUCCUCUUUCCGACGGUGCUGGCGUAUCACGCCGUCUUUGCUGCGGUACGACUGGGAAUCAUCUCGCUCUAUGCCGGUCUGGAAACGUUACUGGCAUUCAUUAACCAUUUCCCUUUGUUUGCCUUGAUGUUGCGUAUUAAGGAUCCGUGGAGGCUUCCAGGUGGAAUUUACUUUGCCACAAAACCAGGAACAUAUCAACUUAUCGUGCAGAACCAGCCUGUACCGCUCUCAUCGAUCUUCUUUCAGUACGUUGGCCUGUCAAAGCGGCUAGCCGCGCAUUAUAAUCCUGUUCGACUUCUCCGACAUGUUCUUACCGGUCGCUUCCUCGAUGCUAUCCCGCGGUACUCUAUACGCUACGACAAGAUCAAUAGACCGAGGGCGACGGGGGAAUGA